AUGCUUUUCCCCACCGUCUCACUCUCGGCGGCCAUCUUCGCCGGCCUGACCGUCGCUCAGUUCAACGGGCUGCCCACCUGUGCUCAAGGCUGCGCCUCGCAGUUCUUCUCCGGCGGCUCCUACGCCGGCUGCGGGACAGACCCCAAGUGCAUCUGCGCAAACCAGGACUUCCUCGGGAACGUCGCCUGCUGCCUGGUCGGCGCCUGCAGCGAGGCCGACCAGGCCUCCGCAAUCACCUUUGCCCAGCAGAUCUGCUCCGCCAACGGCGUCCAGGUCCCGGACCAGGUCAGCUGCUCGACCGCCUCGGGCGCCAGUGCCACGGCCACGGCCACGGCCACGGCCACCCAGAGCGGUUCCUCCAGUGGCAGCACCGCCACUGCCACCGGGGAGUCGGCCAGUGCCAGCAGCUCGGCUUCGGCCAGUGCGGCCACGGCUUGGGCGCCGAGGCAGACUGCCGCCCUGGGCAUGGAGCUGUUUGGUGGGCUGGCAGCCGCCGGGCUGGCGUUGCUGUGA